GUAUUAUGCACGGGGGCGCAUUAUACAUGGAAAAACACGGUAUGUUGGGAAGGCGCUCGCUCGCUCGCUCUCUCACACGGUGAGACUAGACGACGCGAAGGCGAGCGAGAGUUUCACAGGGGAAAGAUGGCUCAAAAUGUGGAGAGCAAGGAGCUGCUGUUGGAAACGCUGGAAGACCUGGGGCAGGAGGACUUCAAGAAGUUCAAGUUUUAUAUGGAUCUGGCUCAGAGCAAAAAAGAAAACGCAGACCGGACUGACAUCGCCGAAUUGCUGGUGAACAGGUACAGCAAGAACGCUUUGGCGGAGACCAUCAAGAUUCUGGAGAAGAUCAACAACUAUGAACUGGCCCAGAAGCUGCAAAUCAAAGGUGUCACCCGUGCGCCCUCAGAUAGCAUCUCCUUAGAGGUCCAGAUGGGCGAAUUCAAGCGGGAGCUGCAAGAGAACCUGCGAGCCAUGUACUGCAAGGCCCCCGAGGGCAACACGGAGUCCAGCCAGCAGGAGGCUCUGGAGAGCGUCUACACCAAGCUCCACAUUAGCCGCGGCGUCGCCGGUCACCCCGACAAGCAGCACGAAGUCCUUCAGAUGGAGAUGCGCGGCCAAGACGAGGAGGAGGAGUCCAUCGAGCCGUGCGACAUUUUCAAAAGCGAGAAGCCCCUUCGCACCAUGGUCACCGUGGGCUUCGCGGGCAUCGGGAAGACCUUCCUGGUGCGCAAGUAUGUCCUGGACUGGGCCAACGGGACAACCAACACAGACGUGGACUUCAUCUUUCCCUUGCCCUUCCGCGAGUUGAACUUGGAGGAGGAGAAAUGCUUUUCGCUCGCAGAGCUCAUCCAGCACUUCAUGUGCGACAGCAAGGCGGCCAUCGAGAUGCUGAAGGACAUCUUGGGCAGGCUGCAAGAUUUGGGCAAGCGCACCUACCAAAGCAGCAGCGUCAAGAUUUUGUUUGUGCUGGACGGCUUGGACGAGUGCCGCCUCAAACUGGACCUGAGCAAUGAGCGCAAGGAGCGCCUGGAUGUGACCCGAGCAUACCCCGUGGAGGUCCUCCUGGCGCAUCUCAUCAAGGGGAACCUGCUUCCCUGCGCCCGGCUUUGGAUCACCACACGGCCCCAGGCGGCUCCCGACAUCCCGCCGCGCCUAGUGGACGGCAGAACCGAGGUGAAAGGCUUCAGCCGCUCCCAGAGGCUGGACUACUUCAGGAAGAGGUUCCCCAAUGACGAGGAGGACGUCAUCAAGCACAUCAAAAAGUCACACAGCAUUUUCAUCAUGUGCCACAUGCCCAUCUUCUGCUGGCUCACCGCCACCGUUCUCGGAGAUUAUCGGCAGCACGGAAAAAAGCUGUCCGAAACCCUGACCGAGAUGUACACAGAGUUCCUACUCUAUCACCUGGGCAGGUCCGAGGAGCGAGGCGGCCAGAAGCCCACGGAGUACGUCAAAGCGCUGGCCAAGAUGGCUUUUCGGCAUCUCAUGAAAAAGCGACAGAUCUUCUACGAGAGCGACUUGCGGGAAAGCAGCUUGGAUGACCCGCAGGUCGCAAAACACUCGGGAGUCUUCACCGAGGUCUUCAAGGAGGUACUCCCGCUCAAGAAAUACCAACGCGGCAAGAUGUUUCAGUUCAUCCACCUGAGCAUCCAGGAAUAUCUGGCCGCUCUCUACGUGAUGAUGAGCCUGUUCCAGGACAACAAGAACGUGCUGGGAGAGCUCCCGAUGCAUUGCGAGCAGACAUCGCUCGUCCGGGUCCACGAGGCGGCCAUCCGCAAAGCCUCAGAAAGUGAGGGAAACCUGGACUUGUUCCUCCGCUUCUUGGUGGGCCUUUCCCUGCAGUGCAACCAGAAGCUCAUGGGCGAGCUACUGAAGGCUCCCAAGAACUUCAACCACAGCAAAGCAGAAACAGUCCGCUUGAUCAGGAAACAGAUAGAUAAGAACACUCCUGAGGAGAACAUCAACUUGUUCUACUGCCUGAGCGAGUUGAAGGAUGAGUCCUUGCUGAAUCAGAUCCAACAUUACCUUAUAGGGGGGGAAUUGUCCACGGAGGACCUACCUCCGGCCAUGUGGUCGGCCCUGCUCUUCUUCUUGCUGGCUUCCGACGAAGCCAUGAGCUGCUUCGAACUCUGGAAAUACGCUCCGUCCGAGAAGGGGCUCCUGACGCUGUUGCCGGUGGUCAAGGCUUCUCGAGAAUCAGCGCUCCGGAAGUGCAACCUGAGCAAGAAAAGCUGCGAGGCGCUGGCCUCCAUUCUAAGCUCGCCCUGCAGCCUGAGGGAGCUGGAUCUCAGCCACAACGACUUGCGUGACGACGGGCUGGAGGCGCUCGCCGCCGGACUGGUGAAGCCGCAGUGCACCUUGCAAGUCCUCGGGCUUGAGAAAUGCAAGCUGAGCAAGAAAAGCUGCGAGGCGCUGGCCUCCGUCCUAAGCUCGCCCGGCAGCCUGAGGGAGCUGGAUCUCGGCCAGAACGACUUGCGUGACGACGGGCUGGAGGAGCUCGCCGCCGUACUGGCAAAGCCGCAGUGCACCUUGCAAGUCCUCAAGCUCCGGCACUGCGAGCUGAGCGAGAAAAGCUGCGAAGCGCUGGCCUCCGUUCUAAGCUCACCCUGCAGCCUGAGAGAGCUGGAUCUCGGCUGCAACGACUUGUACGACGACGGGUUGGAGCCGCUCGCCGCCGUACUGGCAAAGCCGCAGUGCACCUUGCAAGUCCUCAAGCUCGAUUGCUGCAAGCUGAGCAAGAAAAGCUGCGAGGCGCUGGCCUCCGUUCUAAGCUCGCCCUGCAGCCUGAGGCAUCUGAAUCUCAGCUGGAACGACUUGCAUGACGACGGGCUGGAGGCGCUCGCCGCCGGACUGGCAAAGCCGCAGUGCGCCUUGCAAGUCCUCAGGCUCCAGUUGUGCAGGCUGAGCAAGACAAGCUGCAAGGCGCUGGGCUUUGUUCUAACCUCGCCCGGCAGCCUGAGGGAGCUGGAUCUCGGCUGCAACGACUUGUGUGACGACGGGCUGGAGGAGCUCGCCGCCGUACUGGCAAAGUCGCAGUGCACCUUGCAAGUCCUCAAGCUCCGGUUGUGCACGCUGAGCAAGAAAAGCUGCGAGGCGCUGGCUUCCGUUCUAAGCUCGCCCUGCAGCCUGAGGAAGCUGGAUCUCACCCAGAACGACUUGUGUGACGACGGGCUGGAGGCGCUCGCCGCUGGACUGGCAAAGCCGCAGUGCACCUUGCAAGUCCUCAAGCUCGAGAGCUGCAAGCUGAGCAAGAAAAGCUGCAAGGCGCUGGCCAAGGCUCUCCGGUCCAACCCCUCCCACCUCCAAGAGCUGAAGCUGUGGGGCAAUGACAUCAAAAAGGAAGAGAGGCGGGUCUUGGCAGAGGUCCAAAAGGAUCCUCGCUGCAGCGUGAAGCUCGAGUGGUAGGUUCGAAACAUCUUCCAGGGCGCUCGCUCGCUCGCUCGUCCGAAUGGACCGGCAACACUUGUGCGUUGAAGAAAAUGGGUAGCUACAAAGACAGAUGUGCUCACAGCUCAUGGACUAAAGCACCUAAAGUCACACCAGAAAGAAACAUUUGAAGCAUCUCAUUCUAGCUAGUACACACCAAAUCAAUAACGACGACAGAAGUAGAUAUUUUUAGACGAAAUGUGAUGGACUAUGUGGUCAUGAGAAAUGUUUUGAGAAUAACUUGAUGAUCUGAUGAUAUUUGUAUUUGUUGUGCACUUUGAAAUAACAAAUGUUGCCUUAAUGAAGUAAGUGCUCAAUGCAUGCCAAACGCUUGA